CAACAGCGUCUCGGUGUGUGUGUGUGUGUGUGUGUGUGUGUGUGUCUGAGAGCGCCGUCCGGCUGCGACAACUUCACUUCAGCGCGUUAUAAAGCUUUAAUUAGGCCAGGAGAAGGUUUAUAACGGGUUUAUUUCACUAAAGGAGGAGUUAAAUAAUGCGAUAAGAGUUUAACACGAGCUGGAUUUGUGAAGAAUGAAGAAGAACAUGGAUGCGUGUGUUAACUAAACUGAGUUAGAGCAAAACACUUUCUCUACAUUAUACAGCACACACACAGAGAGAGAGAGAGAGAGAGAGAGAGACAGGCGGGCAGACAGACAGACAGACAGACAGACAGAUAGACAGGCAGCUGCGAUGGGGAAACAGCUGAUUUAUUAUCUUUAUUUCACUUUGUCACUUUUCUCCGUUUUUCCUGUGACUCCCUUUAACCUGGAUACCGAGAAGCCCUCGGUUUUCUCCGGACCUCAGGGCAGCUACUUCGGCUUCUCUGUGGAUUUCUUCAGUCCCACUGAUAAACUGCAGAACAUCCUGGUGGGCGCUCCUAAAGCCAACACCUCCUCUUCUUCCUCGGUGAGGGAGCGAGGCGCCGUGUACAGCUGUCCAUGGCAGUCAGGUGGGACGUGUAUGCAGAUAGAGUUCGACAACUCCGAUAACCGUGUGGAGAACGGGCAGCAGAUGGAGUUUAAGUCGAGUCAGUGGUUUGGAGCUACAGUGCGUUCAGACGGAGAACACAUCCUGGCGUGUGCACCGCUGUACCAGUGGAGUACGUACGGCUUUAAGGAACGUGAACCUGUCGGGACGUGUUUUCUGAAGAAAGGCUCCACAGUGGUGGAAUAUUCUCCCUGUCGCUCUGGUUCAGCCACUCCUGAAGGACAGGGCUUUUGCCAGGCAGGCUUCAGCGCUGAUAUCGUGAAGAAUAAGCGUGUGGUGGUUGGAGGUCCGGGGAGUUUUUACUGGCAGGGGCAGCUGAUCUCAGACGAUAUCUCGGAGGUUCUCAGCAGGUUCACUAAAGAAUUAACCACCAAAUACAGCAACCAGAUGGCCACCAAAUCCGCCAGCGCGCAGUACGACGACAGCUACCUCGGUUACUCUGUGGCAGUCGGAGAUUUUAACGACGAUGGUGUGGAUGAUUACGUCACCGGCGUUCCGAGAGGAGAGAAAGCUCUGGGAUACGUGAACAUCUUUAAUGGGAAGAACAUGGCCUCCGCAGUGAACUUCACCGGCCUGCAGAUGGCAGCGUAUUUCGGAAACGCAGUCGCUGCAACAGACAUCAACAAUGACGGGAGGAUGGACCUGUUGGUUGGAGCUCCUCUGUUUAUGGAGCGUGGGUCUGAUGGGAAGCUGCGUGAGGUGGGACAGGUGUACGUUUACCUGUCGAGCGGCGGCUUCUCCUUCCAGCCUCCUCUCAAACUCACCGGCUCUGAGAUCUACUCUCGCUUCGGCAGCUCCGUCUCCAACCUGGGGGACCUGGACCGGGACGGCUUCAACGAUGUGGCGGUGUCGGCUCCGUACGGAGGUUCCUCUCGGCAGGGUUUGGUGUAUAUCUAUAACGGGCGAGCGGGUGGGCCGGACUCUCAGCCCUCUCAGAUCCUGGAAGGAAAGUGGGCGUCGGCCUCACUGCCUCCCAGCUUCGGAUAUGCCAUGCACGGAGCCAUGGACAUCGACCAGAACGGCUACCCCGAUCUGGUGGUGGGCGUGUUUGGAGCUGACAAAGCCAUUCUUUACAGGGCUCGGCCAGUGAUCAGUGUGAACUCCACCCUGGAUAUUACCCCACAGAUCCUGAGUCUGGAGGAUAAACGCUGCGCGCUCCCUGGAACAACCGCCAUGGUGUCAUGUUUCAUGGUGAAAUACUGUCUGAAGGCCAGUGGAAAAGGAGCUCCUUCUAUUCUGAAGUUCCAGGUGGACCUGACUCUGGACCGGCUGAAGCAGAAGGGAGCGAUAAAGCGUGUGUUGUUUCUACACAACCGUCUGUCUCAGUACACCAAAUUCAUGAGCGUCACUAACGGAGGAGUGCAGUCCUGUGAGGAGCUGCAGGCUUAUCUCAUAGAUGAGUCAGAGUUCAGGGAUAAGAUCACUCCCAUCUCCAUCUUCAUGGAGUUCAGUCUGGAUUACGUGAGUGCAGCAGAUAAAACGGGUCUGCAGCCCAUCCUGGACCAGUCCAAACCAGCGAACAUCACCAAACAGGCCCACAUACUGUUGGACUGUGGUGACGAUAAUAUAUGUAAACCAGAUCUGAGACUGGAUGUUGUCAGUGAUCAGAAGCAGAUCUAUAUCGGAGAUGAUAAUCCUCUGACUCUGGAAGUGACGGCAGAGAAUCGUGGUGAGGGAGCGUACGAGGCCGAGCUCAGCAUCAUCAUCCCACCUCAGGCUGACUUCAUACGUGGAGUGAGAAACAGUGAGACGUCAUCACGGCUCUCCUGUGCGUAUAAAAGGGAAAAUCAGACCAGAGUGGUGUGUGAUCUGGGAAACCCCAUGAAAGGAGGAACUAAGAUCGUGGCUGGUUUGCGCUUUAGUGUUCAUCAGUUGUCAGAGCAGGACACAUCAGUGAAGUUCGACCUGCAGAUACUGAGCUCCAAUCAGUAUAACAGCAGCAGUAACCUGGUUACCGUAGUAACGAAGCUGGCUGUGCUCGCUAAAGUGGAGAUUCGAGGUGCAUCUGCCCCAGAGCAGGUGUUCCUGCCCAUCGCUAACUGGCAGCCCAAAGAGAACCCUGUGGUGGAGGACGACAUCGGCCCACUAGUGCAGCACAUCUACGAGUUGAGGAAUAAAGGUCCGAGUGCGUUCUCGAAGGCCAUGCUGGACGUGGAGUGGCCGUAUCGCUACAACAACGGCUCUCUGCUCUACAUCACCAAGUACGAGGUGGACGGAGCCAUGAACUGCAGCACCGACAUCGAGAUCAACCCCCUCAACGUCACGAACCCCAUGUACUGGAAUAAGAACACGACCGUUUCCGGGGGCGACCGGACCGAGGGGCGUGCACGGAGCCACGUUCACCGGCGAGACCUGCAGGACCAGAGGGCUGAGGAAGACAUGCUCACGCUGGACUGUGAGAAGGCUCAGUGCUUGAAGAUUAAGUGUCAGGUUGGCCGCUUGGAGCGAGGUCAGAGUGCAAUCCUCUACAUCUACUCCAGACUGGCUGUGUCCACCUUCCUGCAGGCCGAUGUUCAGAACCACUCGUACGUGGUGAAGUCGUCAGCUGCCUUCAGCGUCAUUGAGAUGCCGUACAAAAACCUGGAUUUUGAGCUGCCAGUUAACAGCACGUCUGCGAGCCUCAGCGUGGUAUGGGUGAACUCUGAGCUGACCCAGCCUGCCCCCAUCUGGGUGGUGGUGGUAGCCGUAUUAGCCGGUCUGCUGCUGCUAGCACUGCUAAUCUUCAUCAUGUACAAGCUGGGCUUCUUUAAGCGAGUACGCCCCCCACAGGAGGAUGGGACAGAGAAGGAGCAGCUCCAGCCUCAGGAGAACGGAGACAAGAGCACUGAGACCUGAUAUACACACACAAAACUCUGUGUGUGUGUGAGAGUGUGUGAGAGUGUGUGUAUGUGUAUGUGAGUGUGAGAGUGUGUAUGUGUGAGUUACUGGCUCUUUCCUUCCUCUACUGCACUGACAUGUUGAACAUUAACACAUGCUGAUUGAGAUUUCUGACAGAGCGAUAGAGUUCACGCGUCACAUAAAUAAUGAGUAUUAAAAUGGAGUAGAGAAUUAAAGAUAAAUACAGAAUAUUCAGUUGUAAAGGAAAGCUAACCUUCUGAUGAUGAUGAUGUAAUGAUUUGUGUUUCUUUUCUGUGUUUUUUAAUGCACCGAAACUGGUAAUUUUGCUUUAUUUUCUUUCUGUGCUUCGAUAUUUCCGAUCAUCACUAGCAUUAGCGGAGUACUGUAUUAAAUCACGCGCAGGGUGGAAGUGUUUUCGGGGCAAGAUGUAGCCUGGGAUUAUGGGAUAAACUCGCUAGGCACUAAAGCUAGUUAGCGUGUCGUGAUGGCGAGUGAACAAAAGUUCCUGAACCGAUUCCGUGUAUGACAAGGCUGUCUACGGAAGCGAUUAUUAUCGUGAACAUUUUAGCUAGUAGCCGUGUUCACCAUGUUAGUUUGAAAAUGUCACACGGAGUCACUGACUGUUACCAUAGCAACGAAGCCCUUCUUUCUGAAACGUUCGCACAGCUUAUAAAAAAAAAGUCUGCCAGUUGUAACUGUUACACAAAGCGAUGAAAACCAUUCAGCAGUAGCACAGACAUGCACUGUUUCUCAAACGGUUGUCACGGUAACGCUCGCUAAUAACGUAAACAAACUGGUUAGCAGCUAAUAAUCAGCAUCGUUUGUUAAAGUUUUGCAAAGCUCAGAAUUCCAACAAGUUGAGCAGAACAUUAAAAUGUCAGAGGAAGGACGUGAAAUGAAAAGUCAAAAUGGCCGACGUACAAAUAAAAUGAUGCUAAAGUGCGACGUGAAGAACGGGGUUGCCUUUUCUGACACGAACCCUCAAUCUGCUGCACUAAACAUGCUGUCUACGUCGGCACCCUACUCCAGAAUGGGGUUUGAACGGUGAAUAUUAUAUUAUUGUGUAUUUUUUAAACUGUUAUGGAACUUUAUUUCCUUUUCUUUCUUUUUUUUUUGCACCAUUUUCUACAAAACAAACAGAUUUGUUUGUCUUUCCAUGACGCAUAUUAGUCAUACAAAAUCAC